AUGAUGGAAUUAACACGAGUCCCCUUCUACCGCUCACCGAGCUCCGAAUGGUGCUCACGUUCGGUGAGCACCGAGGUUCCCCCACUGCCUGAUGAACGAUGAAUUCUGUGCCCCGCUCGCUCUCGCGCUGUCAGUCGAGUCCUAGGGCUUGAGGAGGCGAUUAAUCAGCGGUCAGACUCGACCGUCCCUCGCGCAUGGUGCUCGGCUGAGUCGUUGCUGGACGCUUCACCCUUCCAGCAAGGACGAAAUGCCGCGUGGUCACCGAGUCGUCGACGCAGCUGAACAGCAGUUCAUCCAUAGAGUCAAUCCAGAAAACCAGCAAGUGCAGUUUUCGCCAGCUACUUCGGCACACUUGACAACCUGCAGGGGCGAAGAUUACGAUGUGGAAGUGAUAGGCUACCGGAGAAAUGGGUUCAAAACUUUUAUUUCUUGGCUCAUCAUCGUCUUGACUCUGGGCAUAUUGCGACUUGUGUUUCACUGGUGCCCAAACUGGAUGUUGGUCUGUACGCAUUCCACAUGUCAUCUAAGGAAGGCUCACGUCGUCCUGAUAAUCGAAACGUACCAGAAAAAGAAAAAGUCCUUUUACGUGAAGAGAAUAGAAGUUCUGUCUUCUAGAGAUGUUGUUCCGCUCAGCGACAGUAGAUACCAAAACGCAGAGAGAGCAGAAAAACUGCCCAUUUACUAUGACGAUGGGUGUUUUAAAGAAUUUGAAUCAGUUCGACUAUUGAAUUUUAAGCGUGAACGUUUCAUUUGGGACGACGAAAGCCAGCUUUUCUUGGCAAUUUGCGGACUUGAUAUAACUGAUGAGAUGGAAAAUGUCAAAAACAAUCCGCAAGGUCUGUCCAGCAAUCACCAACGGCUGCGCUCAAUCGUCUACGGCAUCAAUGAGAUCAACGUUCCACUGCAGAGCAUUGGAACGCUUAUUUUGCUGGAAAUCCUCAACCCCAUAUACUUUUUCCAAGUCUUCUCCUUGACUGUCUGGUUCUUCGAGAGCUACUAUUAUUACACAAUCGCCAUCAUCAUCAUGUCCAUUUACGGCAUCUCGUCCAACGUGAUACAAACAUACAGAAAUCAAAGAAAUUUGCACAGUACUGUGCAUUCAGUGGACCGAGCAGAAGUUAUGAGGCCUGAUGCAAAGACGGAGCACAUUCCGACCACACAACUCGUCCCUGGAGAUGUGUUAGUUAUUCCUUCGCACGGCUGUGUUAUGCAGUGUGAUGCUGUUUUGCUCAGAGGCACGUGCAUCGUCAACGAAAGUAUGCUGACUGGCGAGAGUGUGCCGGUCACAAAGACUUCCCUGGUCAACACGUACAAAGAUUUGGACAAAAAUGAAAAGGCCCAUCACACGUUGUUCUGCGGCACGCAAGUGAUUCAAACAAGAUACUACGGAGGUGAAAUGGUGCUGGCCGUGGUGACCAACACAAGCUUUAUGACUGCCAAGGGGGAACUGGUGCGAUCAAUUUUAUACCCACCGCCUGUUGAUUUCAAGUUCGACAGUGAUCUCUUCAAAUUUAUUGGCUUCCUUGCAUUUGUAGCCAGUUUUGGACUCGUUUACACAAUUAUUCUCAAAGCUUUAAAAGGUGCCUCCGUGACUGAUAUUAUUAUCAAGGCUCUUGACAUCGUGACUAUAACUGUCCCGCCUGCGUUGCCAGCAGCCAUGACUGUUGCGCGAUUAAAUGCCCAAACAAGGCUGCAGAAGGACAAAAUAUUUUGCAUAAACUCCCAGGAAAUAAAUGUGGCUGGCACCAUCAAUUGUGUUUGCUUCGACAAGACUGGCACUCUGACCGAAGAUGGACUUGAUAUGUGGGGAGUUUUACCCGUAGAAGGAGGGCAAUUUUCUGAUCCUUGCCACAAUGUCGAGGAGCUGAAACAGAGUUCAACUCUGCCUCUGGCCAUGGCUGCUUGCCAAUCGCUAACGUUGAUUAACAAUGAAAUUAUGGGAGACCCAUUGGAUUUAAAAAUGUUUGAGUUCAGCAAGUGGCAGUUUGAAGAGCCAGAAAUUGAUGACGCCUCCAAAUACGACAAUAUUGUUCCAACUGUAGUAAAAUCACCAUCUGAGGAUGUAGACCAAAAAGAAGUUGGCAUUUUACAGGUAUUUCAGUUUUCGUCUAGUCUGCAGCGCAUGUCUGUGAUAACUCGUAUUUUGGGCCACAAAGAAUUUAUCGUAGUGUGUAAGGGUUCGCCCGAGAAAAUUUCCUCCUUAUCCAUUCCAGAGACAGUUCCUUCCAACUUCCACGCACAUUUGAAAAACUACUCAAAAGAGGGCUAUCGAAUAAUUGCUAUCGGAUGGAAGAUUUUAACUGAUAUCAGCUACACGGCCGUUCAGCGCCUUCCCAGAGAGGAGGUGGAGAAGAAUCUAAUUUUUGGGGGCCUGAUCGUCAUGGAAAAUAGGCUGAAACCAGAAUCAGCUGGAAACAUAGCAAUACUGCACAGAGCUAAUGUUAAAAUGGUUAUGGUUACAGGCGACAAUAUUUUAACAGCGGUUAGUGUUGCAAGGGAGUGUGGACUGAUAGCAGAGGGUGAGCACGUAAUAGAUGUGCAAGCCACUGAAGCAACGGUUGAUCAUCCAGCUAAGAUUUAUUUCUCAUCUCAAGAUGAGCAGAAAUCGAUCGUCGCAAUUGGAGAAACGCGACUGCGGCCUUACGUGUUUGCCAUGAAUGGCGCAACUUGGAGUAUUAUUCGGGAGUCAUUUCCAGAACUGAUUCCUAGACUGAUUGUGAGAGGGACAGUGUUUGCCAGGAUGAGCCCUGAGCAGAAGCAGCAGCUGGUGGGCCAUUUGCAGGAACUCGGCUAUUUUGUCGCGAUGUGCGGAGACGGAGCAAACGACUGUGGGGCUCUAAAAGCAGCUAACGUCGGAAUCUCCCUUUCGGACGCCGAAGCGUCUGUGGCGGCUUCUUUCACUUACAAAGAAGCAAAUAUUGCAUGUGUUCCGAUGGUCAUCAAGGAGGGCAGAGGCGCCAUCGUGACCUCUUUCGGCGUGUUCAAGUUCAUGGCAGCCUACAGUCUGACCCAGUUUGUUUCAGUGAUGAUUCUCUACACGAUCGAUAGCAACCUCACCGAUUUCCAAUUUCUUUAUAUCGACAUCUUCCUUUCACUUGCGUUUGUUGGCUUUUUUGGCAACACCAUGGCCUACAAAGGGCCCAUCGCCCCGGAACCACCAAUCACCAAUUUGAUAUCAGCAAUACCAAUGUUGUCCCUCGUCUUCCAACUAGGGCUCAACAUUCUCCUGCAAAUUAUUAUUUUCCUAUUUAUCCAGCAGCAGCCGUGGUUCAAGCCUCAUGCGCCUAACAACUCCAGCGAUUACGGCUGCUUUGAAAACUACGCUGUUUUUACUGCCUCACUUUACCAGUACAUCCAGAUGAGCAUUGUGUAUUCCAAAGGGCCACCGUACCGAGAGCGCAUCUGGACAAACUACUGGCUCACCUCCUCCAUUCUGCUGUUGACCGCUGUGUGCAUCUACAUCACUGUGUGGCCUGCAGAUUGGAUGGUCAAACUACUCGAGCUUGUGAUGCCGCCCGAAUUAAACUUCCGCCUUUACGUAAUCGCACUCGGCGCCUUUGGCUUUUUGCUCAGCGUCAUCGUUGAAGAGCUGUUUAUUGAAACGAUGCUGACGAGAAAGCUGCGGUCUGCCAAGAGAAUCAAUGGAGACACCAUCUACCAUUCCGUCAAGAAGGAGAUGGAUGAAGACAAAAAAUGGCCUACUUUGUCAGCUAAAGUUGAGUUGGUGGAGCCACACACUGUGGAUGCCGACACUAAGCCUCACAUUCAAAUGACGGUGCUGAGAGAAACGAACAAUUAACAAUCAGUCGAUUGAGUCAGACCUAAACUUAUUGAAUUUAUUUUUAUGGUUGAUAAUAUUACUUAAAUGUGCAUUUAUAAGCAAGAAACACACGGUUUUAAAGCUGCCAAAGUUGAGAAGCACACACUACUUGUAAUUGUGCCUAUUAUCUAUAGAAAUCCCUCAUACAGAAGUUAUUGUUAUUCUUGUAAAUUAAGCUAAUGAUGUACUAAAAUUAUAUAUUGUACCA